AUGACAUCCCUCAAACCGCGAGACCCCUACUCGCCCGCCGAGCUCCAAGCUCUCUACCCCUCCACCCUCGCCCUCCGCCAAGUCCAGAUCCUCCUCCGCCACGGCGAACGCACCCCCAUCACCUCGCGCUUCGAAAACACCGGCCUCCCCGCCUUCUGGCCUUACUGCCGCGACGUGACCACUCUCCGCUCCGCCCUCCUCAACGGCCGCACCAACGGCUUCACCAGCUUCGAGUGGAAGCGCCACCUCGAGACCUUUGCCUCUGACUCGGACGACUCGCCCAAGCUCGUGUGGGGCCCGCACGGCGACGUCGAUGGUAUCUGCGACAAUGGCACCUUGACGGAUCAGGGCCGGCAGACUACCCAUGCCCUGGGCAUUAGGCUGAGGGAUCUGUACGUUGAUCAGCUGGGCUUCUUGCCCAAGACCAUCAAUUCGACGGACUGGAUGUAUCUGCGCGCCACCCCGAUUCCUCGCGCCCGCGAAUCCCUUCAACAGGUCUUCCUCGGUCUCUACCCGGAAGAGGACCGGUCCCCGGGCAUGCCCGCGCCGGCUAUCAUCUCCCGUAACCCCGCCCAGGAAACACUAUACCCUAACGAUCUCCACUGCCGUCGCCUUGCACACCUCGCCCGCCAGUUCUCCAAACGCGCCGCCGAGCGCUGGAACGAAUCCCCCGAGCUCCGGUACAUCAACAACAGGAUCGGCAAAUGGAUGCCCGCCAAUAGACGUGUCGCCAUCGAUUCUAAGCCGAGCCUCGUUGGUGUCCUCGACACCGUCAACGCCACGCUCGCUCAUGGUCCUUCGACUCAUCUCCCUGCUGAAUUCUACGAUCCUCUGCUCUUGGAAAUCGGAGAGAAGCUCGCCAUCGAGGAAUGGUUCGCCGGCUACGCCGAAUCCAACGAGUACCGAAAGCUAGGCAUCGGAUCUCUCCUGGGCGACGUAGUCCAGCGCAUGGUCAUCUCCUCGGCCCAGGACCCCAAGGACGAGCCCCCGCUGCGGCAGCACCAACACUCGUACGCCGAUCCCCAACGGCCCAUCAAGUUCGCAAUGAGCGGAUGUCACGACACGACGCUUGCCGCUACUCUCACAAGCCUAGGUGACCGUUCGGCCUUGAAGAAGUGGCCGCCGUUUACGAGCCAUAUUGCCUUUGAGCUGUUUUCGCGUAAUAGUGGUGACCCCCCGCGAACGGAUGGGGUCGUCAGCGACGAGUUGGUUAGGAAUGAUACGGCGAGGGCGUUCUUGUCGAAUAAGGAGCGGUGGGGAGAGAAGGAGGAGAAGGCGUUGGAUGGGUGGUUUGUGCGUGUGAGGUAUAAUGAUGAGCCGCUUAUCCUUCCUGGAUGUAGGAAACCCGGGAACCAUCUUGAUGGAGAUGUGAGCUUCUGUACUUUGUCCGCCUUCAAAUCCAUCGUCGACAAGUUCACGCCGACGAAUUGGCGCCGCGACUGUAGAGCCAACAUCGAUGCGCCAGCCUUCCCAGAGAAACCUGAACCGGCGGGAUACUGA